UCAGAGAUACUUUAAAUUGAAUACACAGUGCAGCAACAAGCAGUGAUUAAAAGAAGUUUUGUAAGACCAUGGCUAGAUCGUUCGAAUUGGAAGAUAAUGUAUUUCUAGAGAUGCAAAUGCUAGGCUGGGUACAAGGUUUGGCGUUCGGAUUCGGAUCGAGUAAUUUGGGUUUUGGUUUUAAUUUGUAUCACAUCAUAAGUCAAAUUCUAGUAAAUUUGUAAAUACGAGUUAUGAUCUAUAACACAUCAGUUUGGUUUUAAAUUGUAUCAUAUCCUAAAAACACCUAAUUUAAUCAUAUAUUAUUCAAAUUCGGAUUAUCCAAAGUAAAAUAAAAAAUAAAAUUAAAUAAAAUAAAGAUUAAUCCAACACACAUCAAACUGUAAAACAACAACAAAGUGUUAAAUCCAGUAUGGAAAUAAACAUCAUUUGUAAACAAUAUACAUUAUCUUAUUGAUAGAAUAGAUUUGUUAUUUAACGAGCAAAUUAAGAAAUAUUUUUUUAUAAGUAAUUGAGUGUUUAUUUAAGUUUUAAUACUUAUUUUUAUAUAUCAUAUCAAAAUAAAUAUUGAAUUGAGUAUUUGUAUUGUUUCAAGUAUUUAUAUUGAUUAUUAAUUUCAGAUUUUUUGGGUUAUACGUUCUGGUUCGGAUAUGUUUAAUUUGUAACAUCCUACAAAAUCCAUUCAUAUAUUUUUACAUUUCGGAUCGGAUAACAGAUCAAAUUUUCGGUUUAGAUUUGGUUUGAAUUCCGGAUUCUGAAUUUUAUGCCUAAGCCUCGUUCAACAUGCAUGUAUCCUCCAUGUCCUAGGCCGGAUAAGGUUAAUGAUCAGUUUUGGGCACAACCGGAUGAAACAUUGAAAAUAACUAUUACACAUAAGUCUCGUAAUCUGCAAAUUGUCUAAAGAAAAAUUGAUAUUUUUCAUAAAUUGUUUAUGGCACCUUAAAUCUCAAGACCCUACCACAACCUGAUGGCUCUGCUUUCACUCUUCUCUUACACGACAGAAAUGUCGAGAGGUUCAGUUCCUGAAAGAUAGAGAGUAGUAUAAAGCUGCAAUAGCCCAUGAUACAAGUCCGAUCAAUGUAGGAGAUCUGAUGGAGGUAAUAAAUCAUGUAUACAUGCUUAUAAAUUUGAAAUAUUUAUUGGUUGGAUAUACAGGAGUUCUGUUCACAGAAUGGUGACGAACAGAGAACAGGCGGUGAACAUCAACACGUGACAACGUUUUGCGUUACGAGUCUAGAAAAAGAGAUUCAGCAUAUAGAGGGGCUGGUAUCUCAUGUCUGAGACACGACCAAGAUCGUAUACUUUCCUUACUUCACAAACUAAAACAGAAUUAUACCGUUUUUUUCGUUACUUGAUUUGUAAUAUACAGUACUUUUUAUUUUCUUACUUGAAUAAAAAUAUUAGCUUUAUUCCAGCUUGGAUAUUCGAAUCUUUCAAAUCGCACAUUCCAAAAAAAGACAAUGAUUCGACGGUUAUAAGAUGUCACCAUUCAACAACCACUCCUCUGUCUUUAUUCCAGCUUUCUCUCCUACACAUCAAUCAAUAGUUCUCUCUUUCUCUCUGUCUCUCUCCUCCGAAAACUCCCCUUCUCAGGUGCUGAACCGCCGUGAGAAGGAGACAACUCACAAGAAAGUUUCCAUUUUGUUUCUCCUAAAGAGCUCAGAGACUUAUCUCGUAAAUGACGACGACAACGGUUAUGUCCAUAGCAGAGAAAGUGCUGGAACGAAUCUACGGAAGCUCCAAGUCUACCCUUUCCGUGGCAGACGGUGAAAAGGCUCAGCGUCAUACCCAUCACCACGUUCACAAGCAUUCCUACGACGACAGCGAGGAUGAUAUUUGUUACAGCGACGAGGAUGAAUCCGCAAUGGAGCUCGUCCAGCUCGGUGCGGAGAGGACCAAGAACAUCUUGAUCCUCAUGAGUGACACUGGGGGUGGACACCGUGCCUCUGCUGAAGCCAUCCGUGAUGCUUUCAAGAUCCAAUAUGGAGACAAAUACAAGAUCAUUGUGAAGGAUGUGUGGAAGGAAUACACAGGGUGGCCACUGAACGACAUGGAGAGUUCGUAUAAGUUCAUGGUGAAGCAUGUUCAGCUAUGGAAAGUUGCAUUCCACACCACAUCUCCCAAAUGGGUCCACUCUUGCUAUCUAGCAGCCAUUGCAGCUUAUUACGCCAAGGAAGUGGAAGCUGGUUUGAUGGAGUACAAGCCAGAGAUUAUCAUCAGUGUUCAUCCUCUGAUGCAACACAUUCCCUUGUGGGUUCUCAAAUGGCAGGAGCUACAAAAGAGAGUCCUAUUUGUCACUGUCAUUACUGAUCUCAACACUUGUCAUCCUACAUGGUUUCAUCCAGGGGUGAACCGGUGCUAUUGCCCGUCUCAAGAAGUGGCGAAAAGGGCGUUGUUUGAUGGGCUUGAUGAGUCUCAAGUCCGUGUGUUUGGCUUGCCUGUGAGGCCAUCUUUUGCAAGAGCGGUUCUGGUGAAGGAUGAUCUAAGAAAGGAGCUUGAGAUGGAUCAAGAUCUUCGAGCGGUUCUACUGAUGGGAGGAGGGGAAGGUAUGGGUCCUGUCAAAGAAACCGCAAAGGCUCUUGAGGAGUCUUUGUAUGACAAAGAGAAUAAGAAGCCCAUUGGACAAAUGGUUGUUAUAUGUGGACGUAACAAGAAACUAGCAUCUGCGUUAGAAGCCACUGAAUGGAAGAUUCCUGUUAAGGUUAGAGGAUUCGAGACUCAAAUGGAGAAAUGGAUGGGAGCUUGUGACUGUAUCAUCACAAAAGCUGGACCGGGAACAAUAGCUGAAUCGCUUAUCCGAUCACUUCCUAUCAUCCUCAACGACUACAUUCCUGGACAGGAGAAAGGGAAUGUGCCGUAUGUAGUGGAGAAUGGUGCAGGAGUGUUCACAAGAAGUCCCAAAGAGACAGCAAGAAUUGUUGGCGAAUGGUUCAGUACAAAAACAGAUGAGCUGGAACAAACUUCAGACAAUGCAGGUAAGCUAGCUCAGCCUGAGGCAGUCUUCGACAUUGUCAAAGACAUUGAUGAGCUCUCGGAGCAACGAGGUCCUCUUGCUAAUGUCGCGUACACUCUUACCUCUUCCUUUGCCAGUUUAGUUUGAUGUCUCAUGUCUUAUGUUAACAUGUCGCCCUUUUUAGUUCCUUGUUUGAUCUCUUUUUUUUUUACUUUCAUUUUUGUAAUAAUAAUAAUUUGUUUGUUGA